CCUGUGUUUCUCGCCUCCACCUCGCGCACGAAUCAGGCAUGCAUGCCACUUGUUUGGGGAUGCUCGGAUACAGUUUUGCAUUUCGAGUGUUGCGUGCUGUUGCUUCUAUUUUUUCUAUCCGCACGAACUCCACGGGAUUCAGCAGGCAAUUUUGCAGAUUAACUAGCAGUUGCCCAGCACAGCAGGCUUGGAUGAUCCUUCCGCCAGGUGUCAAGCUCUAGCAGCGCUGGGCCGCGGAGAAGCGUUUCUUCCAAGGACGGACGAGGUGGAUGUCAGCAUCGUGGGCGCCCUUGAGGUGGCGAUUCCGGAGGUCGAUAACCUGGGCGAGACCGAGCUGCACUAUCUGCAGAACAACCCGCUGAGCUUGGACGACAUUUUCAUGAGCUCCUCGUUCAAGCAGGUCUCGGGCGCAGCCGUCUCCGCCGUGGAGAACGCCGAGCUGGCGGAGUGCCGCUCGCAGGCGGCGGCAGCACUGUUGAGCAGGAAGGCCGAUAUCGUCAAGCAGCGCACGUCCGACCGCCUCGAGACGAUCUUCACGGCGCGGGCUCAGCGAGCGGAGGCAGAGGCCGAGACCGUCUUGCAGGAGGCACUCGACGCCCCGGGCACAAUGGACGAGGCCUCCCUGGCGGAGUUCCGGCAGCGCUACAUCGGCCUCAAGAUGCAGAAGCACACCAGGCUGGCCCUGAAGGAGCUGGCGGGCCCGCCCCCGCACGCCAGGCGCUCGGCCGGCGAGGCGUCGGCGGACCGCCCUGGGCUGCCGCGGGCCGCUUCGGCGGGGCUCGAGCGGUUGAAGCAGGGGCACCAGUGGAGCUCGUCCAGGAGCUCCUCUUCGGAGUGGCGCCUCGCCCCGAGGAGCGCGCCGUGCGCAGCACCAGCGCGGGGCCGGGUCGGGCCCUGCGCGGUGCCCCGCCCGCCGCGGGCCCGCCGUGCGCCGACGCGUUCGGCGGGCGGGUGGUGAGGAUGACGUAGGCGGCCCGCGCGGAAGGGCGCGGCCGAGGAUGACUCGGGCCACCGCGCGCGCCUGGAGGGCCCGGGGGGAGGCGUCUUCGAGGGGGUGGAGGACGCCUCUCGCGACCCUCCGCCGGUUACCGUCGGCGCGCGUGGGCACUGUCGGGCGUCCAGCACGGUGUUAAUGGACCCGCGGGCGUCUGCCGGCUAGCGCCGCCAGGAAAA